AAAUGUAAUGGGAGGGUGCUAUAAUACAGUACAAGCCGGGCUCCCGAAAAUUGUCUGUUCGAUAACUGUGAGUGGGGGGUUUGCUUGAAGAGUAAUGUGUGGCGAUGCAUCCUUAUUGUGGAUUCCUUACAAUGAAAGCUAAAGGCUGAUGGAGUGGUCUUUAUGUAAGAGUUGGUGACCAAGAUGAAAUGUAAACAAGAAGGAGAGGAUAAAAACAGUUCCAGAUUACCAAGAUUUGUAUCCAACACUAAUGAGGUUAAGACAAACCACUCUAAAUGCAGUGUGGAAUAGAAAGCCAUAUGAAGUGCCAAAUAAAAACAUGCCAAGGGCCAUGGUUUUAUACAGAGGUAUAUUCAGGAUUGGAAUUGUCUUCACAGUUUUCAUCAUCACUCUGCGUUGGUUUAUUCUCUACAAAGCUCCCAGUGAAUCCAGACCAUGGGAGCAGAACAGCAUUGAUCCGAACUAUGUCGAGAUUGUCCAAAAGUUUGUAUCUAAAGUCUUGCAGCAGGAGUGCAUUCCAUCUUCAGUUAGAAAAAACAUGUCAGUCUUGUUUUCUGGAAAAUACAAACCUUACAUCCUUCCUUUUCUGACAAAGGAUACGAUUCUUAAUGACACAAUAUUCCAGUACUUUCCACCUUUUGGAUUUAAUAAUCUUCAACAUAAACUGGAAGAGAUUUUAAGUCUUUUUCCUGAUUUACCGAAAAAUAAAGUCACAGUGGAACCCUGUAAACGUUGUGUUGUGGUAGGAAGUGGCGGAAUUCUACGUGGAUUAGAGCUUGGUCAUCUGCUGGAUCAAUUUGAUGUGAUAAUCAGACUGAACAAUGCUCCAGUCAAAGACUUUUCCAAAGAUGUUGGCACCAGAACUACAAUCAGAAUGAGUUAUCCCGAAGGAUCCCCCAAAAUAUGGGAUGAUUUUGAUCCUGAUGUAUUGUUUGUUGCUGUCAUUUACAAAAGAGUUGACUUUAACUGGCUUAAAGCAAUGGUAACAAAAGAACAAUUGUCUUUAUUUGACUGGAUUUUCUUUUGGCAAGAAGUUGCAGGAAGUAUUCCCAUCAAACCCUCACAGUUUCGAAUCUUAAACCCUGAAAUAGUCAUUCAAACGGCUAUGGACCUUCUUCAGCUCCCGCCCCCUCGCUGGAAACUGUGGGGUCAGGACCAGAAUGUACCCACGGUGGGAGUCAUUGCUUCAAUUAUGGCUACAUACCUUUGUGAUGAGGUGAGUUUGGCAGGUUUUGGAUAUGACCUCAGCCAACCAGAAGCACCCCUGCAUUACUAUGAAAGUACUCGUAUGGAUGCUAUGAAAAGUCAGACAAUGCAUAAUGUGGACACUGAAAGACAGUUUCUGGCAUCCUUGGUGAAAGCUGGUGUGAUUAAGGACCUCACUGGUGGCAUACACUGUACAUUCUGCAAAAUGAAGACUUUGUAGCUUUAUUCAUCUGAAACAUUUUUUUUAGCCUUUAUGAUAAUUUAAAUAGUCCAGUAUCAGUAUUUUAUAUAUUUAUUUUUCAACAAUGUCAUAAAAUUAAUAAAUUAUACAAAUUUAUAGCAUUGUUGAAAGUAAUUUACAAGCUGUGUUGUUCGUUUGUACAGUAUGCCCAAUGUUGCUGAAGUAGAUUGCCUUCAUAUGAAACAAUAGACAAUGCUGCUACUGGUCAUUCUUUAGAAAUGUAUCUGUAUUGAAAUGAAUGCACUUUUUUGAGCUACAUCUAGGAAUGUUUUACAGAUAUUUAAUGCUCACUUUUAAUAGAUUUAGAUGUAGAUUUCAGACUUGAUGCUGUAGUGUUAUCCUACUGGUACAUAAGGUAUGUAUUGUGAAAUAUUUUUCAAGCUUUACUUAUCUUUAAAUACAGUAGAAAUAAUUGCUUCAUGAUGUUAAUUUCCUAUAAUUACCCUUUGAAAUGAAAGAACAAAAACAAUCUUAACUGCUCUACAGUAAGCUACCUUUAAGCCUGUGUGAAAUAUCUGUUAUCAUGACCUCCUCUGCUGUGAGCCAUGUAUCUUUUAUUCCAGCAAUACUUCAAACUUCUGAUUUUAGACAUAGCAAUGUCAUAAAUAAGCAGUGGCACUGAUGCAAGUGGUAUACAGUAUAACCUUAAAUAUUUCAAAAGCAUUUUUCUCUUAUAUUUUGCCCUAAAUUUAUUUCUCACCAGCUGUUUCUUUUCUCUUUCCAUUCUGGUAAAAAUGAAAUAUGAGUAAUUGUCUAUGCAGUUUAUUAUUUUAUUAUCUUGUUUCAGAUCUAUCCAGUUCAUUUUGGUAAAUCAGUGUUCAGGUUCAUUUUUUCAGUCAAACAUUUUCUUUUUUCCUCUUCACUUCUGUUCCAGAACUUAACACUUGAAUAGUAUUAUAUUUGUGACAAAUUCAGUAUUAUAGAUUUUUCCAAAGUCUAGUACCGGAAUGUCUUAAAAGUGGGUUUGUCUUUGAGCACCAUUACUGUAUUAAAAAUAUGUUGUUUUUUA